AUCCUGUUUUGAUCGCAAGGACCUUGACCUUGAUAAGAGUGAUAAUCAAAACGUUGUUAAAGUGAUAAAGUUAGCGAUCUUCAACUCCAUUUUUCAGCUUUGAAAACGAUCCUAAAACUAGAACGCAAUAUGUCUCUUCGUGCGCUAAUUGGCCCAUCGAUUUUAAAUGCAGAUCUUUCGCAGUUACAUGAAGAAUCCCAAAAGCUGCUAGACAACGGCGCCGACUAUUUACAUUUGGAUAUUAUGGACGGGACAUUUGUCCCUAAUCUUACCUUUGGUCACCCAGUAGUGAAGUGCUUGCGGAACAAGAUCAAGGAUGCCUUUUUUGAAACCCAUAUGAUGGUCGAACGCCCGCAACAAUGGGUCGAAGCGAUGGCAGAUGCAGGAGUACAACAAUAUACGUUCCACGUAGAGCCUGUGGUGCACAUGGUGCCGGAUGUCUGCCGGAAAGUAAGGGAAGCUGGCAUGAGAGUUGGGCUGGCGAUCAAACCGGGAACUGCUGUUGAAACGAUCCAGAACUAUAUAGCAGAUGUAGAUAUGAUAUUGAUAAUGACCGUAGAACCUGGAUUCGGCGGACAAAUGUUCAUGGCUGAUAUGUUGGAAAAGGUGCAGUCUCUACGAAACAACUAUCCAUUAUUAAAUAUAGAGGUUGAUGGUGGCGUUAGUCCCACGACUAUCGAUUCUUGCGCUAAAGCUGGAGCAAACAUGAUUGUUUCUGGUACAGCAAUCAUACGUGCCAACGAUCAAGCGGCGGUUAUUCGAGAAUUGAGAAACUCGCUGCUGCGUAAUCUCGGGAAAGAGUAGCGAAAACAAUUAGCUAUGCACACAGCAACACAUUUCCAUGCGAAAAGUGAGAUUUGCUUGGUAUAUUUGCAAUAAAACUGCUGAAGAUUGGAGACCUAUUAAUGAGAAUUGUAUGAGUUCAU